AUGUCUAGUGUUGGCGGCAGGAGAAAGAAUCCGCUGAAUUUAAGUUUGCCAGCAACGGUCAAAGAAAAGGGUGAUUUAAGGAGGGAUGGAACGAAAGACAGGAGUACCUUCUCGCUAGAAGACCAAAUCAAGCAGAUGACACUCACUGAACCACAAAAACUACGAAUGCAAGAAUGGAUCAAGGAGAAGAAACUUGUACCAUUAAAUGAAUUGAAUGAGGAUAUGUUGGAGAAAAUGUGUGAAUUGGGACAUGGUAAUGGUGGUGUUGUGAGUAAAGUAAUGCACAAGUCGAGUAAGAUAAUCAUGGCCAGAAAGCUUGUUCAUCUGGAAGUGAAGCCAUCUGUGAGGUCGCAAAUCCUGAAGGAACUAGAUGUGCUGAAUAAAUGUAAUAGUCCAUAUAUUGUUGGAUUUUAUGGCGCUUUUACUGAUAACAACGAUAUAUCCAUAUGCAUGGAGUACAUGGAUGGGUUAUCAUUGGAUGUUGUUUUAAAAAAAGUUGGUAAACUAAAAGAAUCGCGUGUAGGUCGAAUUACUGUUGCGGUUAUUCGUGGACUGUCUUAUUUGAAAGAUGAACAUAAAAUACUGCAUCGAGAUGUUAAGCCAUCUAAUAUAUUGGUUAACAGUCAUGGAGAAAUAAAAUUAUGUGAUUUUGGUGUUUCGGGCAUGUUAAUUGACAGCAUGGCUAAUAGCUUCGUUGGUACUCGGUCGUAUAUGGCGCCUGAACGAUUGACAGGAAGUCAUUAUAAUGUGCAGUCGGAUGUAUGGAGUUUUGGGUUAUCACUUGUAGAAUUGUCAGUCGGGCGAUAUCCAGUCCCAGCACCAACGGCACGAGAAUAUGCCAAGCUCUUUAACAUUCCGGAGGAAGAAGUAGAAUUUCCAGAAGGCACUAUGCCACCAACGUCCGCUACUCUGUCCACACCAAGAACGAUGGCAAUUUUUGAAUUGCUUGACUACAUUGUUAAUGAGGCACCGCCGUUGUUGCCGAAGAAUAUAUUCAGUGAUAUUUUUAUCGACUUCGUUGGAAGAUGUGUUAAAAAGAACCCAAUUGAAAGAGCUAAUUUGAAAACAUUAAGUAAUCAUGAAUUUUUUCUAAAACACGCGAAUGCGGAAGACGGUGGUGAAUUUUCACGGUUCAUAAAGGAAACGAUAGGAAUGAAUCAUCGUUCAUAA